UUAAACCCCAAAAAAUAAUAGAAGUUAAAAAUUUCAAAAACCAAAUUGACAUGCAUAAUUUUGGACUGAUCAUCUUGGAGAAAGAGAGGUCAUUAUAGGAAUAGCGCAUUAAUCGUUGCUCCAAAGUCCAAACCACCCGCGCACCUUCCUACCUCCGUCGCCAACCGUUGCUGUUGGCCUUGCGCCGCCGUACGCCUCUCAACUUUUCUGUCGCAUCAACCGUCCAAUUACCGGCCUUCCGAUCUGGCCCCAAUGGCUAACAGAGCUCAAAUUCCUACAAAAAACUCAGCUCUUAUUGCCAUGAUUGCAGAUGAGGAUACUGUUGUUGGAUUUCUGUUGGCUGGAGUGGGAAACGUUGACAUCCGUAGGAAGACAAAUUACCUCAUUGUGGAUUCAAAAACAACUGUCAAACAAAUUGAGGAUGCAUUCAAAGAAUUCACAACAAGGGAGGAUAUUGCAAUUGUGCUGAUUAGCCAAUAUGUUGCAAAUAUGAUAAGGUUUCUGGUUGACAGUUAUAAUAAGCCUGUUCCUGCAAUUCUGGAAAUCCCUUCCAAAGACCAUCCUUAUGAUCCUUCACAUGAUUCAGUUCUUUCCCGAGUAAAGUAUCUCUUUUCUGCCGAGUCAGUGGCAUCUGGGAGACGCUAAAUUCUCCCUUUUGGUUGCAGCAGCAGCUUAUAUUUUUUGUUUUUCAUGUACCAUAUGGUUAAUAAUCAAUUGGUAAGAUUCAUGUGUUACUAUAGCUUAAUUUUAAUUUGUUUUUCAUUUUACUUUCUGGUGAUAAGUCAAGCCCUGUCAUGGAAUAUAAGGAUGGGCAAAUAUUUUGUGGUGUCAUGAACAGGCUCAGAUGAAAGAUGUGCUUAUGAGAAGUUUGAAGAUGGUCUAAGUUUGAUUAAAUGUUAAGAUAUAGAGUUCUGAUUUAAGAUAUGACGGUAAAAUUUUGUGGAUGA